CAAUGACAAAGACACAACAAGAAAAGACACUUUUGACAAGAUAGUUUAAUUACUAAUUAAAUAAAUUUAUUUAUGAAGUAUUUCGUUCUUUUUAUCUCUUCAUAAUCUCUGUUAUCAAAAGAUAAGACCUACUAAUGUCAGAUUUUAAGAUAUAUCGCGACAUAUCACUAUAUUACUAAAAGAUCACACUACACUCUUUAAGAUGUUGCUACCAUCACGUAGGACACGUUUUAUAUUAUGUAUCCUUUUAAUAACAUUGCAUGUUCUCUUUACUUCGGCAGAAAUAGAGCCAAACGAAGAUGAUAAACCGACGCUGACAGCGACCAUUGCUCCACCUGGCAGCACAGCAAACUCAGAAAAUGUGGGAUUUACUCAUGCAUUUGUGGCUAGUCUUAGUGUCAUUCUGGUAUCAGAAAUUGGAGAUAAGACCUUCUUCAUCGCAGCUAUUAUGGCAAUGAAGCAUCCAAGGUUAACAGUAUUUGCUGGUGCCAUUAGUGCUUUAAUUCUAAUGACAGUUUUAUCUGCUGUAUUUGGUUGGCUAGUGACGGUGAUCCCUAGAGCGUACACCUACUACAUCAGUACAGCUCUCUUUGCCAUAUUCGGUUUGAAGAUGUUGUGGGAGGGAUACCACAUGACAAAAGACGAAGGAAGGGAGGAAUUCGAGGAAGUCCAAAUGGAGCUUAGGCAGAGAGAAGAGGUAAAUAGACAUUUUUGUGAUAUAGAUGAGCAACAUGAAGCGACUUUACCGGAUAUAGAAAUUGGUAGUAGCAAUAGAAGACCCACCAAAUCAGUAUGGUAUGAAGUCUCUCGAAUAUUAUUGCAAUCCUUUACCUUAACCUUUUUAGCCGAAUGGGGAGAUAGAUCUCAGUUAACUACUAUACUUUUAGGUGCUAGAGAAAAUGUAUAUGGUGUUAUUAUUGGUGGUAUCCUAGGCCAUUGUGCCUGCACUGGUUUGGCUGUGUUGGGUGGUAGGAUGAUUGCCCAAAAGAUUUCCGUGCGGACAGUUACCAUCAUUGGAGGAGUGGUCUUCUUGAUCUUCGCCUUCUCUGCUCUCUUCAUCGAUCCAAACGCGACGUAAACUCAAAACAAACUAGGUUUAGCUUUUUUAUUUGAAUAGAUGUAUAUAUGGUACCCAACUUGUACUAUAUAGUACGAGUCUGUCAACUAUAUUACUCAAAAUAAUUAUAACGUAUCAACACCCCAAAAGAUCAACCGAAUUUUCAAGUAUGUACUUAUCGUUAUUCUGAGUAAUAGAUUAUGUAUAUUUGUGUAGAAUCAGUACUUAAAUAUUGAAUCAAAGAUAACAUACAGGAUGCUGGGUUUGUGUAUAGUUUUUAUGUAAUAAAAACAGCAUCCUCUCUUCAUUAACUCAAGUGAUAACUGUUAAAAAUGGACAAUUUAUCGUAGCGUUCGAAAAAUACUUGGAUACCGUUGAUGUACCUUUUCAAAAGUUAUUUAAGAAUCAAUAAAUAUAUUUUUAAUUUGUAUUUUAUGUUUCAAUGUGAAUUUCAAUGCACAUUUUGUUGAUCAAAUUUCAAAGACAUAAUGUACUUUUGUAGUACCUACAAUACAUUGUCCUCCGCCUUUUCAGUAGUGAAUUGCGUCGGGUCAAAGAACAUAUUUUAAGCCAACAUCUGACAUUGCUUUGUCUUUUAAACAUCUGACAUUGCAAUCCUCAGACUGAACUAUCCUUUCUAUUCUAUUUUGUUCGAUUUUCCAUGCCUCAUCACAUUACUUCCGAUAAUUAUUGGUACUAUAUACUACUUCGUUGAAUACAACAAACUGGCAUAUUUAUGUUUCGUUGACCUUAAGAAAGCAUUUGACAGGGUCAAAUUAAAGCACGUUAUCCAUUUGUUAUACGCAAGACAGGUACUCCAGGAAUAAUUAAAACGAUCGAAAACAUCUACCAGAACAAGAACUGAAACAUAAUGAACGAAAACAUCUACUAGACACAAUUGAAGCUGGCAAUGGGAUAAGACAGACGGAUUCCUUGAGGUCUUUAUUGUUCAAUCUGAUCAUGGAUAAAAUAAUAAAAAAAAGUAAGAACUAAAAGAGAAUAACAAAUGGGAGAAAAACAACUUAGAAUGAUCUGCUAGCAGACGACACAAUACUAAUCUCUCAAAGUGAAGAUGAUUUACAACGUAUGCUGCACCAAUUUAAUAUAACUGCCAGAAAAUUAAACAUGCUAAUUUUCCCAAAAAACACAGAAUGCAUGAUUAUAACAGCAAAUCCAAUAAGAUGUUGUACCAUAUAACCAUAUAUUUGGUAUAUAUUACCUUAUACCGAUUGAGAAAACAAUAUUUUUUUACUUAAGUUUUUUUCUUUCAAAUAAUUUGUUUAUUAUAUUCGUUUACAAUAAGUUAAAUAUUAUAAUUUUUUCUACUUUGUUAUUUUCUUUUUUAAAUCUACUUUGGCAACGCUGUGCUGAGAAAGCCCUACCUACGACAUGAAGUGGGUUGUUCGCGCUACCUCGCUUUGCCGGCGUAUAUCUUCCAGCCCGUUUUAAAUGUAUAAUAAAUACAUGUCUCUUUGUCGCUCUCAUUAAAUGCGCACACCAACCAUGAGAAAUUUCUCAAUCGGUAUACCAAAUAACCAUAUACAAAACCCUUAUACAACCAGUGUUGACAUAUGGAUCAGAGGCAUGGACCAUCUCCAACGCAGAUGAAAACCUUCUGCUUAUAUUUGAACGAAGGAUCCUGAGGGGAAUAUUCCGUGGCAUCUGUGAAAAUGGUGUUUCCGAGGUACAACUACGAGGUAUGGUAUACCACAGAUAUAAACAAAAAUUUGGUGGUAAUGACGUAGUAUCUCUUAUAAGAAUAGGGAGACUAAGAUGGGCAGAACAUCUAGCAAGAUCACAGCAGAACAACCCUCCUAGAAUAAUCCUUAUAUCACAACCUGUGGGAAGUAGAAAUAGGGGUAAGCCAAAACUCAGAUGGAAGGAUGGUGUAGAUGAGGAUGGGAGACAAAUAGGCGCAGCAAACUGGCAACGGUUGGCAAUGGAUAGAACUGACUGGCGUAAUAGACUUGGGAAGGUCGAAGCUCUUUCAUAGGGCUGUAGCACCAUUGAUGAUGAUGAUCCAAUAAGAUUGGAUUAUUUAAGCUUGGAGCUGGAGGGUGAGAUACUAGAACAAGUGAUGGAGUUUAAAUAUCUAGGCAUCACACUAUCUAGCUACGAAAAGCUUGAAACAGAAGUGGAAGAUCGAGUGAAUAUAGCAAACAGAGCCGGAGGUUGCCUGAAUGACACAAAAUGGAGAAAUAAAAAUAUCGGAAAAGAAAUGAAAGGCAGAAUUUACAAAACAGUCAUCAGACCGAUAAUGACAUACGAGGCAGAAACACAACCUGACUCAGAGAGGACAAAAAGAUUGCUCGAAACAGCCGAGAUGAAAAUCCAUCGAAAAAGCAAUGGUAAGAAACUAUGGGACAGAGCUAGAAGUACAGAUAUACGACGAAGAUGCAAGGCGGAGAGCAUUAAUAACUGGGUAAGAAACAGAAGAGUAGAAUGGAAUGACCACAUAAGCCGAAUGACUACAAUUAUAUUGGGGUCCGGACAAAUAAUCCUGGACAAAAAAUCCCCACAAAUUAUCCCUGGACAAAAAAUCCCCGGACAAAAAAUCCCCACAAAAAAUCCGGGACAAAUAAUCCCCACAAAUUUUUUUGGACAAAAUAUCCCCACAAAAAAUCCCCAAGAAAUAUUUGCUGCCGAAUAGUUAUCUACAAGUUUUCCCGAAAUUUUAACAAAUUUCGAAUUCCAAUUCCAUGCUGAAAACUUCAAAUUUUGCAUGACAAAAGAGUGUGAGUUUUUUCAAAAAUCGUGGAAGAUAUGUUGAAUGAGCUAAGGCCCCGUUUUCAUGUCAGGCGCUUAACGCGCGUUUUGGUAAUGUGCGAUUACAAUUACAUACAUUUUACUGAAGACCGUUCACAUGCUAACGCGCGUUUUAGGUCAUUAAGACGCGCGUUGGCAUGUGAACGGUCUCAAGUAAAAUGUAUGUAGUUGUAAACGCGCGUUAUCAAAGCGCCUGUCAUAGAAACGGGGCCUUAGCUCAUUCCCCAUAUUUUUCAACAUUUUUGAAAAAAACUCAUACUUUUUGUCAUGUAUAAACAAAUAAAGUUAACAAACAUAUAACACAAAUAAAGUUUUCAGCAUGGAAUUGGAAUUCUAAAUUUGUUAAAACUUCAGGAAAACUUUUAAAGAACUAUUUGACAGCAAAAAUAUGUCUUGGGGAUUUUUUGUCCUGGAUUUUUUGUGGGGAUAUUUUGUCCAAAAGAAUUUGUGAGGAUUAUUUGUCCGGGAUUUUUUGUGCGGGGAUUAUUUGUUCGGGGAUUUGCUCGGGGCUGAAGGUCUAUCGUUACAACACUAACCAAAACACGAAUGUUAAGACUGACUGCUUGAUAUUGAAAUAAUACCUUAGAUAUAUUGCUUUUGAUCCGUCCAAUUCAUUUCUGAUUAUAUGUAUUAUUUUAGAUAUUUUUUACAUUAAUACUAUUUCCUAGUAGGCUAAGUAACAAAACCUGUAUACAGUUGUUUUUGUUGAUCGUUGUGACGUAAUAAGAAAAUAUUUUGUAUCAUUUUUUUCGUAUGUGAUCUUCGGUUAGAAAUAAAAGUCGAUGUGAAAUUUAUUAAAAA